AGCUGCAGCUUCAACAGGGAUUAACAACGCCAAAGCAAAGCUUUUUGCGAACAGUUCCACCUUCUCCGGGAUAAACGUAGACCCGGAGGUAGCAGGGAGCUGACGUCGUUAUGGACUGAUGGGUGCUCUAGAGCAGCAUUUCUCAAUGAAUUCUCCUAGACGAAGGGCAGCUGGUUCUUUUUAACAGGGACAAGGUGAUGCUGCAGAUCAGGUUUAAAAAAGAAGGAGAAGGGGUCUUGCGAAAAGGAAGAUGCCAGUCUACUGGGAUUGCAGAGAAAAAAUGUGGAAGCCCAGCUGAAGGAGGUCGAGGAGAUGCUGGAACAGGAAGGCUUGUCCAAAAUAGCUCACAGUAAUGCCAGUGAACAGAUUGCUUAUUUACUGGUAGAGAGAACAACACUGCUGGAGAAACUGGAGACUGCAGAUCAGAAGCUGAAUUCUCACAGCGGCGUAGACAGGCUGUGUGCAGCACAGCUUCAGGACGAGUUUGAUCACAUUCAUCAGACGUUAGAAGAUGAACUCCAGCAACAAUGUGAAUCCAUGCGGUGUACUAAAGAGACAAUGAAUAAGUCCUGCAGGGCAGAGCUGGAGAGGGAACAAGCAUUGCGUGCAAGAGUGGAACGAGAUCUGGAUGAGGCCACACAGAGGCUGCAGAUGGCCCACGAAGAGAUCCAAAGGCUGACAGACGAGCUGGAUACACAAAGAAAGGAGCAGAGCGAAAAAGAUUCUGCCUCAUGGUCAGCCCUGCAAGUGCCUGAGAGCUGGGAAGAGGGGGUGAACAAAGAGAAAGAGAGGGAUAGGACUGAGCUGCAGAAGGCCAUGGAGCAAAACAGCAGAUUGGACAAGGAAAUUCUGGCACUGCAAGCCCGGGUUCAAACACUCGACUUGGAAAGAAAAGCUUUCCUUGAUCUGGUUGAACAGCUCAAAGAGGAGAUUUGCGAGUAUCAAAAGAGCGAGAAACAAGGACUUCCAUUCCCCACACCAAAUGAGACUGAAGAAGUUGUAGCAUGUUCACUGCAGACGCAGGGCACAAAGGAAGAAGGGAGGGUUGAAGGAGACUGUGUUCCAGGCCACGCUGGCUUGGAUAAACUUGGCAGAUAUCAGGAUAGUGAAAUACUUCAUAAAAGGUGCCAAGAGGUGAUUGAAAACAUUGAGGGCAGGAAUUCGCAGCUCCUUCACAAGCUGCAGAAACUGGAGCAGGAGCAUGAGGAUUUGGUUGAGCGCAAUGAAGAGCUGGAAUCUAUUCUAGGAGAGACACAGAUCCAAACCAAGCAGGAGAAGGAGCAGUUUGAGAGUGAGGUGGAGGGACUUCACCGGAAAAUCACAAGUUUAGAGAUGGAGUUACUUGAAGUGCAGAAGAACAAAACUGGGAUGAGUGGGGAAGAGCAAGCAUCAACUGAUGGAGCACAAGAAAUGCAAGAGAUGCUGGAAAGCUGUCAGGAAACGAUAGAAAAGUUGGGAAGUCAGCUGGGAGAGCGGAGAGAACGGAGAAAGCAACUUGCAUCUGAACUGGAACUGUUACGAGAAGAUCUAAAGGCCGAAAAGAAGGUCAAAGCUGAGCUGAAGCAAGCCCGUGCAAAACUUUUGGACACAACUGAAACGUGCUCGUCUCUCUCAGCACAGUGGGAAAAAAGCCAGCAGAAGGUCAAAGAGCUUGAACAAGAGCUCUUGAAGUGCUCCCAGGCUGAUACACUGCAGAGCAGUCUGCAAGAGAAACUUUCACAGGAGAAGUCCAAAGUAUGCGAAGCACAAAAAAAGAUCUCAAAGCUCCAGCAAAAGCUGAAGGAGUCACAACACCAGCUCCUUCUGGCAGAUGCCCAUGUUUCGGACAAGAAACUCCUGGAGGAGGAGUUGAAAGAGGCCCGAGAAAAUGAAGCUCGAGUGCAGCAAGAACUCCAAGAGGAACGCCUGAAAAGGAAGCUGCUGGAGCAGCAGGUGGAGGAGCUGCGGCAGCAGCUCUGGCACUCGCGUGAGACAGAGGCAUCACUGGCCAAGAUGCACGUGGAGCUGCAGGCCAAGACUCUGCACGUCCUAGAAGACGAGAGGAAAACAGACUCAAGCGAGCAUCUCCAGUGUCACAAGGAAAACCAGAAGCUUUCAGAGCAGCUUUCACUGCUGAAGGAGGAAAACAAAGCCCUCUAUGAGGAAGGAGUCAGUCUCCUGAACCAGAAGGAUCUGUAUGUCAGGAAAUACAACGAAAUGCAGCUCCGCCACAAAGACAAGAUCCGCAGAGCGAAGGAGACGUUUAUCUAUGAGGUGAAACAAAGGGACAGUAAAAUUAAGCAGCUUGAAAGUGAGCUCAGCGAGUCAAAGCUCCAAGUGGAAAAGGGGAAGGUGCUGAUUGCACAGAUCACUGCAGAGAAUGAGAAAUUACUUCAGGAAAGAAGACGGCUCCUCCAGAAGAUCUCUGACCAGGAGGAGAUGCCUUGGAGCGACAGGUCUAUGAUUGCCACCCUCCAGAGCAGAGUGAAGAUCCCGGACGAGGAGAGUGUGCGACUGCACGAGAGCAAACUCCAGCUCUCCGGCCACGUGCACGCCUCACAGCGCGGUCUGAGGAGCAUCCCCGCUCCCAGCACGGAGGACUUGAAGAGUGUUAACUUCCCUGAACGCCAGCUACAGAGUAAGGUGUUGCCAUCUUCCCGUGUCAGCUUCCCGGCACGGGAACUGCCAGACUCCCUCAGCACCCUGAAGGCCAUGCAGGACGCCAAGCCUGAAGAAGGCGCUGAAAGCCAGGAGUCCUCCUUUUGCUUAUCUCCUUCUCAGGCUUCGGAGAUCGGGUACUUAAACGUAGCCUCGCCCGGAGACACCACAGCCUCCCAAUUGCAGGAGGAGAGUCAGAGCAUCGGCUCUGAGAACUUCUAAAUGGGCAAGACCCUUGUUAAAUCUACACUAGCUGGACUGCAAGGGCUGGGCUUCGGUUGCCACAGGAUGCCAAGGACAGCAGGGGAGAGAGUUGCCCAAUGACUUGUUCAGUGAUUUCUGUAAUAUUUUUCAACUAAAUUCUUCAAUGGCUAUUUUUAACUUUACCCAGCUGUAGAUACGUGUAUGUGUGUGUGUGUGUGCGUGAUCCCCCAUCCAGCUCAAUGGUUGAAAUUCGCAGAUCAAUUCAGUAAAAGAAAAGAGGGGAGCGGUGAAGUACAUCUUCCACUGAAUCCUAAUUCUGUGUCCAGUCCAAACUCCCAUCUUUGUAAAUAAAAGUUGGACAAGUUCUCCUAUGCAUUCUCUGAUCCCCACCACUGCCUGCUGUGCGCCCACUUUUCUCCGUUGCCCUCCAUCUGUGCUCAGAGGCUUGUCGUUCCCCUCUUGGUACGCUCUUAUCCCUUCCAUUUUCUCUGUGCAAGCUAAUGGAGGGGAAGAGAGGGCAUCUGAGUGCUUGAAAAUGUGACUAGAGAGCAGUGGUGAGCAAAGGUGGAAGGAGAUGAGAACAUGCCCAGAAAGAAAAGAACGGAGUUAAUGUGCGUGCUGGGGAAAGGAGAGGUUCAAUGUUCAGAGAGGGAAGUGGUGUGGAUCCCAACGCUCGCAAACAGGAAGGGAGGGCAAACGGGUGUGCUUGGGUGGGAAUGGAAGGAAUUGGAUCCCGUGCAGAAGGGAAGGGAGGGGAUCUGUGCAGGCAAAGAGGGAAACAGAAGGGCUCAGAGCAUGUACUGUGGGGAAAGGAGAGCAUUUGAACACAGCUGGAAGGGAACUGUGGAAGAGACUGAGCAUGCACGGAGGGGAACAGAGGAGAGCUGAGGGUGGAGGGGAGUACUGGGAAUCACAGUUCGCCUGAGGUGGAGGCGAGGAAAGGUG